UGGAUAACAUCGUAAACGAGGACCACCUGACGGUGAGACCGGACUAAAUGGAAGCAGCGGAGGAAACUCUCACUUACCGAGAUGACACCUUACUUCACAGGAAGCUGCUCCCAGAGGACAAGCAUAAGGACAUCACAGACAGUAAGGGCCACGCCACCGAGAAAAAAAGCGAGGAGUCAAACUAUGUGGACCUGGACAUGAAACCAGACGGCGCAAAAACAGUGAAAGUGACUUUCACUGGCGAAGGAAACCAGCUGUCUGUUAUCAAAUGUGACAGUUCAAAGCAAGGGGAGCAUGACGAGGAGGGUAAAAUCAUUUCAGAGGACUUUAUUGCAGAGAAGUUAGAGGACAAGGGGACCACCGUCUCCGGGCCUGUUUCGGGUAAACCUCCUUUGGAAACUCUGACCAAACUUCCCAACACCGAUCAGGACUUUGAGAAUGAGAAUCAGCGGCAGGCCGAGCUCGACCCGAGUGACUGCAGUGACCAUGUGUGCAGUGAGAGUGAUGAGCUCCAAUACACGGACAUGUAUCUGAACAGCAAGACGGAGUCGGAUGAUGGUGCCAGCGCGGUGCUGUCCGACAACUGCGGCUCCGAGACCGUGGAGGACGAGUCCCACUAUAUCACGACGCACGAAAUCCAGUUGACCGAGCUCGACCAUGAUGUAGAUUACGACCUGGGCCGAGGGACAUGUUGGGAUAUUGAAGACGACAACCUGGUUUAUUCCUUUGUGGAUUACGCGUCUUUUGAAAGCGAUGAAACGCAGGAGGGGAUUUUGAUACUGGAGGGCAGGAGCCACGCGAAAGUGCAGUCUAAUCUUGGUGGAGCAGUUGUCAGCACAGAGCAGGAUGAUAGUGAAUUUUGUGACUCGGACAAAUGUGCCAGCUCAGAUGAAAGCGUGUUCAAAAACCACAGCGGAGACGCUAAUGCGGGGAAAAUUCAUUUAUCAAUCAAAACAUCCUCCAGGGCGGUCAACGAACCUGUCAAUGUCUUUGACAACAGCACAUGUGGGUACACGAAACACUUUGGAGACGGGAGCCACUUCUCUUUUGUGAGCUCUGGUGGCAGAGUGGGGCCCUUCAUCCCUGCUCCGGGCCGUCAGCACCUUGCAUCGAAACUUAGACGCAAAGAUAUUAAUGAGUAUUCCAGCGGAGCGUCCAGCUCCAUCAGUGAGUUGGAUGACGCUGACAAAGAGGUGCGUAAUUUAACCGCCAAGUCUUUCCGGAGCUUGGCAUGUCCAUAUUUUGACGCCAUUAAUCUUAGCACCUCGAGUGAAUCCUCUCUGUCGGAAUAUGGGCUAAAUAAGUGGUCAGCUUAUGUGGACUGGAAUUAUGGAAACAUAUCUAGGGGAGGAGACCGGAGCGUAAUUGCGCACAAGACUUCCAGUGCAACUUUGGAAAUGAAUAAGACUGUGGACAGUAAGAGGCAUGGUAGGUCUUUUACCGGCAUGAAAGCUCCACCAACCAAAAUGUUCGCGUUGAACAAGAGAACUACUUCUCAACAAUCAUCUUCUUCUAGCAAAAAUGUCGAACUGAAAGAUCCUGUUCAGUCAAAGCAGCGUGGAGUCACGUUGAAUUUCCGCUGUAAUGUCGAAGCACCUGAAGGCACCAGACGUCCAAAAUGCUCCAAAAAAGCACGAUCCAAUGAGGUUACUGGGACUGUGUUGGCCAGGUCAGGGUGUGAGAUGCAAUAUCAUAACACAGAUGGCACCGAUGAUACACACAAAAGAGCAGUUUAUGCAUCAAGUCUUUUGAAAAAUGUGAUUUCCAAAAAGAUGCAGUUUGAACAGGAGCGCAAAAUGGAGAGGGGUGAACUUCGUGACACAUACCCAGCUCUCUCCCCGAGUUUUCAAUUUAAAGAUCAAGACGGGAUGAAAGACAGGAGUCAAGGGAGAUGCUUACAAAGACAGACAUCAGAAUCAGGCUCAGGAUUUACUAUUAAUUCCUCUGAUGAUCAAAGCCUGGAGGGCAGCAGACCCUGCUCCUGUGAGCCUGCAGAGAAAAGCAACAAACCAUCAGAUGAUUCAGAAAAGCGACAACAGGAGCCGCCAAAGGCAUUGCUCAUCCACAGUCAAAGUAGUGCAUUUAAUUCAGUGAGAGAUGAGCCAGAACCUGUAAAUGAGGCUGAACCCACAUCUGUAAUUGCCACACAGACCACAACAAAAGGAUUAGACUCCAGCAGCAUGCUGACAAAACUGCUGUUUGUUCCAAGCUGCCAGCUCCUUUCAAAAGAGAAGGAUUUUACAGAGGACUUGUCAAGCCGUGCACCUGUCACAGGCGCACAUGCUGGCCAACAGAAAUGUGAAAAAGAGUUCAAAACAGGCAAUAAUGGAAACAUAUUAGACAAAGAAGAAAAUGAGAAGGGAGGAAAAACCCCAGAGAUAAAAAUAUGCCUGAGGAGUGUGAAGGAAAAUAAAGGCUGUACACUGAAUAUUGCCAACCUGUUAACCCCUAAAAUAAGCUUCAACACUGUGAACACAUUCAGGGCAGCAGGUGAUGCCAAAUGCCACGUUUUGUCUGCUUCAGAUAAAAUCCCAAACUUUACCGUUAGAGACAUAAGAGACACCAAAUGUAAGUUUCAAACACCAAUAUAUCAAGUCAGAGAUGUUCGUAAAUUGGUAAAAAGUUCAUAUCGCUUUGUUUCAUUGGAUAACAGUGAGAGUAAAUGUUCCACGGCAGCUGAUAAACUUGAGGCCACAAAGGAGCCGGUUAAGCAUGUAUUACCAUCUCCUAUUGUGAUUAAAUGUCACUCUGUAAAAACAAAUGUCAAACAUCAGACAGCUGAGGUGUUACAGACACAAGCAGAAGAAAAUACACCAUCACAUUGCACUGCCAGAAGGGUGCCACUUGUUGUAUCAAAUAUUGAAACCAAACUGACAAAACAGAGGCAGGAGAAGUUUACAUGUGAGACGGCUGAAAGGAGAAAUGAGCCAAAAAUACCAAAACAGGCUGCACUAGAGAAGCUUAAAGCCGCAGUCAAAACAAUGGAGCAGCUUUAUGUAUUUGAUAGAAAUGAAUGGAAGCGUAAAACUCAAGCUCCACAGCCAAUCACAGACAGUCAUGUGUUGUCUCUUAUUGCCAGUGAGGAGCAUGGAGCAGAGGAGCUGGAGACAAACCCUGACAGGAUUCAGUCACAGGAAGAUAAAGGAGCUUUGAAUAUCAUACAUGUUCCAUAUGACGAUGACACGUUUAAAACACAAUCACAGCAAAACAAAACAUUUAGUAACAAACGCGUCCUUCAUUUUGGCAAUAAGGCACAUGUCAGCAUUAGCUCAGUUAGUAAACCUAUUCCACAAAGCUCUGCGCCACAAACAUCAUCGACUAUGAAAAGCGCCAAGACGCUGGUAGCUCCACUCUCGGUGAAAAUAGAGCCCCCAAAACACUGCCAGGUGGAGCAGGGAAAGGUCAAAUUCAUUCCCACUAAUCCCACUGUCGCACAGGCCUGCUCAGACUCUGAGAACUAUUUAACCAUCCCGGGGCUGGGGUAUACCAAUGAAAUCAAACUGCUGAAUCGAGAGCCCGUUUCGAGGGAGGUGAAUUCAAAUGUUAGACAAAUCAAAACAGACGACAGGAAGACACCUGAGCAGAAAAGGUCUCCGUUAAUUAUGGAGUACCCGGCUUCAAGCAUCUACCAUCACUCGGCCACAACAGGGCCUCAAGCACAGCAGCAGAUAUUGUGUUUCUCUCCAUCUGUCCCGUCUGUGUCACCUACACCAUCUACUGGAGAGAGAGUCCCACAAACAGAGCGCAAGAUGCUCUUGGACCCCACCACAGGACAUUAUUACCUGGUGGACACUCCCAUACAGGCCACCACAAAGAGACUAUUCGACCCUGAGACAGGCCAGUACGUGGAUGUGCCCAUGUCCCAUUCUCCUGUGGCAACUGUCAGCCCUGUGCCUCUCUCGUUGUCCCCCCUGGCCCUGAGCCCAGGAGUGUACGCCCCCACCUACAUGAUCUACCCAGGCUUCAUCCCCUCGCCCACUCUGCCAGCCCAGGCGUUGUUGCCUCAGUCGCCGUGUCACUUUGAGUAUGCAGGUGGAGAAAAGGUGAAAAAUGGCCCUAAUCCGGAAAUGAAUCCAUCAGGCCCAGAGAGUGCGUAUUACAGUGCAACAGGUGAGGCAUCACAAGUGCCACUGCAGCUUCCUGUAAGUUUGGGACAUGUGACCGCCAGAGGGGGUGCAGCCAGCUCCGACAGGAAGCCAGUUAUCAGCAUCACAACACAACAAGGUCCAAGAAUCAUCGCACCACCCUCCUUUGAUGGAACAACAAUGAGCUUUGUAGUGGAGCAUCGGUGACCAAGGAAAUAUCUCAUCAUCCAUACAUCUCCACCGAAGAAUCUGCCUGCAUUCACCGUAAGGGCAGUUUUCACCCCAGCCACCGAUCUACUCCCCAGGACAACUUCCACCAACAACCGUUUCUAUCCCCUCUCUGUUUUGUUAUUUAUCUUUGCAGCAGACAUUACUGUAAUCUGUAUGCAUUGCAGCACUUUUUAGAGUAAACGUAUUAAGCCGUGUUCUCUGGCUGAUGCUAUAUGAAUCUGCUUUGUAAUACUUUCCAUUCAGCUGCUGUCUAGAACUUUUGAAAUGCUGUUUGGGCCCUGCAAAAUGUCUAUUCAAAAGGAAACGAGACCAGCCUUCGACAGUUCAGUGUCCGUUAUUAUCGACUAAACCACUAUUUUAUUAUUAUGAAUUUAAAUUGAUCAUGUCUUUAAAGCAAGACUAUAAUUUUUGAAAGGUAAAACUUUAUUCUACAAUUAAAAGUUGAACUCAUAAGUAAUAAAUUCAACCUUGCUGAACACAAUACACUCAGACAUAGCUAAUGUCAGCAAACUUGAUAGAUAUUACUGUGUAACUGACAUUACUGAGUCAGUUUGCUGACGUUUUGUCUCCAGUUGUACUACUGCUACACUCCGUUUUAGGAUGUCACAGAUAAACUUCUCAAUGGUUUUACCAAAAAGAACAAGCCUUGCUGGCAGUUUGGCCUAAAGGAUCCCUGAAGCAGCAGACAGGUAUCAGGAGGCCGGAAGGACUUUAGCUUCUAUGGUUGCAAAAACAUGUGUGGAAGGAGUUUCAGUUGGCAAUGGAGAAAGAUUUUUGAUCAGUCUCAUAGAGGUUCUGCCAAAUAUCAGAUGAUAGUCUGGCUUGGAGGGCGAGGCAGGGCUUGGACAAGGCUGUUUUCAUCAUGGGGUUAGAACUGCUAAUCCAGACCAACAGCAUUGUUGGAAAAUUGAAAACACAUUUUAAAGAACUCCUGAACCCGACUGAGACAUACUCCAUUGGGGAAGCAGAACUGGAAGGCUCGGUGAAAGCCUUGUCCAUUUCACUGGAGGUCACUAAGGUAGUCAAAAAGAUCCACAGUGCAAGGCUCUUGGGGUGGAUGAUGCUGAAGGCUGUAGACAUUGUGGGCCUGUCUUUAUCGACAUUCCUCCUCAAUGUCAUGUGAGGGUCAGGGUCAGUGCCUGUGGACUGGCAGACCAGGGUGGUGGUUCCCAUUCUUUAUAAAAACGGUACUAGAGGGUGUGCUCCAACUAUUAUUAGGAUAUCAAAAUGCUCAACCUUCCUGGGAAAACUUAAUACAGGAGACCUGAAAGGAGGCCGAUUGUCAAGCCUUAGGUCCAGGAGGAGCAAUUCCGCCCUGGUCGUGGUACGAUGGAGCUCUUUACCCUUGAAAAGAUACUGUGGAGCAGCGGACCCCAACAUUUUUUAUGUCUCCUCAUUGGGUCUUUUCCCUUUUCCAAAAAAGCUCUUUAAAGACGUUUGCUUUCCACUCAUUGUUGCUUGUGGCUUAUUUUUUUGGAAGUAAUGUAUCACGUGACAGACAAGCGUCUUGACAUGUGUCAAGAGACACAGACGUACAGACAGAUGUAUCGGAUAAAAAUAAAACCUUUCAAAAUAAAAUAUUUUUUUAUUCAAUCUUUCUGUGCGGCCCGGUACCAAAUGACCAACGAACCGAUACCACCAUUGGGGACCACUGCUGUGGAGUACGGUAUUUUGUUUUGGGUACUGUGGGAAUAUGCAUUGCUUUUAUUAUGAGCCAUUUGGUCCUUAUAACUGGAGAGAGCUGUGUGAACAUUCGGUUCUCAGCGGGUAUUGGGCUACACCAGAGUUGUGCCUUGUCACAAAUUGAGUUUGUGAUAUGCAUGGACAGAAUUUCUAAACAUAGCCGAGAUGUAGCCUCAGGAUUGCGUCUCUGCUUUUUUUGGAUGAUGUUGUUCUGCUGGCUUUAUCAGACUGGGACAUCCAGUACGGGGAUGGUUUGUGGCCAGGUGUAAAGAACAAGUGUCAGUACUUCCCAGUCUAGGGCCAUUGUAAAAUGGUGGAUUUUUUCUUUAGAGUUUUAAGUGAAGGGAGGGUCUUGUACAUGACUGAGAGUAAAGAUGGAGUCAGAGAUUGACAGGAAUUUUGGAGCCACAAUGCAGAUGCUGUACUGGACUGUUGUGGUGAAGAGAUCUCCAUUAACCAGUUGAUCUGUGGUCCAACCCUCACCUAUAGUCAUAAGCUUUGGGUACUGACUAAAAUAAUAAGAUGGCAGACACAGGCCACCAAAAUGAGUUUUCUUCGCCGGGUGGUUGGGCACACCCUUAGAGAGGGUGUCAAGCUCAGACAUUUGCAAGGACCUCAGAGUAGGACCCCUGCACUUUCAUGUUGAAAGGAGCCUCUUGGAUGCUUAUAGUACCUGUGGAGGUAUUCCAGACACAGGAUACGUUGGAGGGUUAACAAUGCCUUUAUCAUCUUCCACAAAAAGAUGGAAGAAUUGGCGAGGGAGUUGGACAUAUGGGCUGCCUUGCUUAGCCUGCUACCACCCUAAUCCAAAACCAGAUCAGUAGUGGAAAAUGGAUGGAUGGAUAGAAAACAUUUAACUGAACACUCUCACAUCUUUGGAAGUUACCCUUCCGACAAUGUGCCAAUAUCCUGUAAUUGUUGCUUGUGUCCACAGUGGCUGUUGAUCAAAAGUUACGUAGUCUUGCUUUAAUUGACGCAAUAAUAUAAUUACUUAUGGUGAAUACAACCUAUAAUAUUUUACCUUUUUCUGAAGACAGGGACCAUUUGUCUGCACUGAACUUUAAUACAAAAUGCAAUGUAAGAUGUCAUUUUAAAUCACCCAAAGUGUAGUCAGAGAAAGAAUUAAAAUGAUUGUAUUUCAAAAUAAUAUAUUUAAAAGAUGACCCAAGUAAACGGUAAAUAUCUGACGUUGCUAUGUAUCAGGUUACUACUACCCAACACUAAUUUUCCACAUUCACUAGAACAUUUCCAUGUUUUUUUAGAAGUCGUUUGCUCUGUUCUACUUGGAAGUAUGUGUAACCUCUGUGUCACGACUCACAAAAUACUGCUAAUACCGGCACGACAUAUAUGCUGUAUGAAGUAUUGAAUGUUUAGAUUUUAAAAGUAUGCACCUUGCAUGUUGGAGAGAGAAUGAAAGAGAAACACAUUAAGUGUGUUGCUCAGAUAAAACGGAGCUGAGACUCUGGUUUAAAAGUGUACUUGGUUCAGUAUUUCCGAAGUAGUGUUGGGCCUAAUGAGUCAAAACCAGCUGAGACAUUUAGGGGAUCACUUCCUCUAUUGGUGUUGGUUUAUUUGACACUUUUGUGUGUAAUGAGAUGGAAGUUAGUGCGAGUGCAUCUGAAUGUGUCCGUGUUCAUGGCUGUGAGUUAUGUAUGGCAUUUCAGUAUUCUGUGAGCGUACAACAAGGAGUCAUGUUACUUCACUGUAGAUGAGAGCGUAAGACGGCACAUGUGUUGGGUGUCUUUACACUUUACACACAGCAAUGUCCGUUUCUCUGUUUUAACACUCUUGACCUCUAUAGCCUAAAUGUGUAUGAAUUGAGGUUUUCGUGAAAAUGACACAUCAAGUGAUGACAUACAUAUUACUGCUUUCUGUAGAGUUAAGCUCUGAGAUUGUGUUUUUGUCUGUUCUGUUUCCUUUUGAAUAUGCAGUGGGGCAUCAUAGGUCAUUCUGCUAGACUCAGUUAUACCAGCAUCCCAUGUAGAAUGAAUGCAAACUGUAGAUUGCUAUUUUAUUUAUUUUUAGCAUUUCUCAAAUCCAAACACACUUUAAAGGUAUUUGGAGCUGCUGGUCAGUCUAUGUACCUUUAUCCUGUAAAAUACAUGUUAUUAUGCCUCUGUGACAACAGACUUUAUAUAAAUUGCCCUAUGAGUUGAUUUCAUUAUAUAAAUUCAUGCAGUGAUUUGAAAGACUUGUUGACUGUGCAGUAGAUUGGACAUGGUUUGCUUUUUUAGAGCAACUUCAUGUUAAAACAUUUAAAGCAUUUUGAGGUGAAAUGUAACUUAAAUUUGUACAUUUAAUUCGUAAAACAUUGUUCUUCUUAAUGCUAGUAUUUUAUUUAUAAUUUUUAAUGAAUGUGCCCCUGAGGCAGUUGAGAGCAGUGCAAGAUAAACAGUAAUUUAUUUAGAUAUUGUGAAUUUGUUGUAUAGAAAUGACUUGCCAAGUAUCCAAAAACAAAACAAAAAAGGAAAUGAGUCAUGAUAUACUACCUCCUGCCAGAUAAUUUUAAAAGUAUAUGUUUGAUCAGCAAGUUGUCCAAAGGUGGAAGAUAAAAUACAUAUGUCUCUAAUGUCAGAUGAUUUAAUAAAGCACAUAUCAUUUUGAAACCCUGUGAAGACUAACAUAAAUACGAGCUAUAUUAAAUUUGUAAGCUCCAGUAAACCAGCUAUUCUAAUGUU